ACCAAAAUCACUCCAAAGAAGCACACGAAAAAAAAAAAGAAAAUUUUCAGCAAAUGGGAUCGAAAACCCUAGCGAAAAUCUCGAUCGACAAUGGAGAUCUCUAGUAACCCUAAUUCUCUUUCUCAUCUUCUUCAUCAUCAUCUCCAGGACCAGGUGAGCAUGGCCUUGCGGGCAUUGUUCUUGUUAUUAUUGGUGGCGAUGGUGGCGGCGGCGGCGAGAAGGGAUGAGGAAUCGAGGGCGUGGGCGGUGGAGUACGUGGCGGUGACGGGUUGCAGGGCUCACGCGGCAUCGGUGGUGGAGUUUGGGGCGGUGGGCGAUGGGAUUACUUCGAAUACGAAGGCGUUCAAGGCGGCGGUGGAGCAUCUAGGGCAGUACUCUAAGGAUGGCGGCGGUGGUGGUGGUGGUUUGCUUUAUGUUCCGGCGGGGCGGUGGCUCACCGGACCUUUCAAUCUCACUAGUGUUUUCACUCUCUUUCUUCAUCGAGAUGCUGUCAUUCUUGCUUCCCAGGAUAUAAGUGAAUGGCCAGUGAUAGAUCCAUUGCCGUCUUAUGGGAGGGGUAGGGACAAAGCUGGAGGGAGAUAUAGCAGCUUACUCAUGGGAGUCAAUCUUACAGAUGUGAUCCUCACUGGUGAUAACGGAACAAUAGACGGCCAAGGAGCAUUCUGGUGGCAGAAAUUCCACAAGAACCAACUCAAAUACACGCGAGGAUAUCUUGUCGAACUAAUGUACACAGAUCAGAUAGUCAUCUCCAAUCUCACAUUCCUCAACUCUCCAAAUUGGAACAUCCAUCCUGUUUACAGCAGCAAUAUCAUUGUCUCUGGCAUAACAAUCCUUGCACCGGUACAUUCACCUAACACAGAUGGAAUCAAUCCCGACUCCUGCAGCAAUGUUCGAAUUGAGGACAGCUACAUUGUCUCCGGUGAUGACUGUGUUGCUAUUAAAAGCGGGUGGGACGAGUACGGUAUCGCUUUCGGGAGGCCGAGCGAGCACAUUACCAUCAAAAGACUCACUUGCAUUUCUCCGACAAGUGCAGCCAUAGCUGUUGGAAGCGAAAUGUCAGGCGGAGUAAGGGAUGUGAGGGCAGAAGACAUUACUGCUAUCAACACCGAGUCAGGUGUUCGAUUGAAGACUGCGGUUGGGAGGGGAGCAUUCAUCAAAGACAUAUAUGUUAGAGGCAUGAAUUUGAACACGAUGAAAUGGGUGUUUUGGAUGACGGGGAAUUAUAAGUCUCAUCCUGAUGGGAAAUUUGACCCGAAUGCUUUGCCGGAGGUGAAUGGUAUCAGUUACAGCAAUGUGGUGGCACAGAAUGUGUCUAUGGCAGGAAGGUUAGAUGGCAUUGAAAAUGCACACUUCAAAGGAAUAUGUUUGUCUAAUGUAACAGUGCAUAUGGCAAUGAAGGCUAAGAAAGUGCCAUGGGAGUGCACUUACAUUGAAGGUGUGUCAAAGGAUGUGAGUCCAAAGCCUUGUGAUUCACUGGAAGAUCAAGGCAGCGACGAAGGUGGUGGUGGCGGUGAGCUCACCAGUUGCCGGUUUCCAGAGGAGAGGUUACCUAUUGAGGACAUUGAAUUUAAAAGGUGUUCAUAUGCAGCAUAAGGAGAUGGUUGAUACUUUUUAAAGUUAGUUUGUUGUCUGUGUUGUUGUAUGCCUCAGUAUUCCUCAUGUUACUUGUUUGUGGUGAUUUGAAUUGAAUGCAAAGGCUUCUUUCUCUAGGUUAUAAUUUAA